AACAGUUAAACGCAGGAAAGGAAGUCGUUUCAAUUGUUCUUCCGCCCACUACCUUUUAGUAAUUUCGAAGGGAAUCUCUGAUCUCGAUCCAGAUUCAUUCGUGGAGGAACCCUACUUCAUUGAUUACGGUGGAGAGAUCUGUGUUAACAAUUUGAAUUCCCUUUGUCGUAAUCGCAGAUCCCGCUGCUUCUCUCGAUCGAUGUCGGGUUGAUUUCUCGCACGAGGAAGGUGAAAAGAAUCUGAAUCGAGAUUGAUUAGUGUUGGUGUGCUAUGAGUGUUAGUGUAUAAGCAAAAAGAAAAAUGAAGUUUUGGAGAGAACGUGAAAGGGAAAGCAAAGAGCAGAUCUUAGCGCCAUUAUGUGGCCAAGUUCGAGUCUUGGUCGUUGGUGAUUCAGGUGUGGGGAAAACAUCACUUGUACACCUCAUUAACAAAGGUUCUUCUAUUCAUCGUCCAUCUCAAACGAUUGGAUGCACAGUUGGUGUCAAGCAUAUAACUUACGGGAGUCCAGCUAGUUCUUCGAGUAGCAUUCAAGGGGAUGCAGAGAGAGAUUUCUUUGUUGAGCUCUGGGAUGUUUCAGGGCACGAGAGAUACAAAGAUUGCCGCUCACUCUUCUAUUCGCAAAUCAAUGGAGUAAUAUUUGUUCAUGAUCUCUCUCAAAGAAGAACAAAAACAAGCUUGCAGAAAUGGGCGUCUGAGGUUGCAGCGACUGGAACCUUUUCAGCUCCUCUUCCCUCAGGAGGUCCUGGUGGUCUUCCUGUUCCGUACAUUGUUGUUGGAAACAAAGCAGACAUUGCUGCGAAAGAAGGAACAAAAGGAAGCAGUGGAAACCUUGUUGAUGCAGCUCGUCAUUGGGUCGAGAAGCAAGGUUUGCUUUCCUCAAGUGAAGAGCUUCCUCUCUUUGAAAGCUUUCCUGGUAAUAGUGGUCUCAUAGCGGCAGCUAAAGAAACCAGAUACGAUAAGGAAGCUUUGAACAAAUUUUUCCGGAUGUUGAUAAGAAGAAGAUAUUUCUCAGAUGAACAACCAGCAGCUUCACCGUGGUCUAUUUCGCCGCAUCGAACCUCAUCAUCCCAACGGUUAGAUGACGAGAUCACAAGCGAUGAUGACCAAUUCUACAAGCGAACAAGUUUUCAUGGAGAUCCUUACAAGUACAACAACAACACGUUACCGCCACUUCCAGCACAGCGCAACCUAACUCCGCCUCCAACGCUAUUUCCACAGCAGCCGGUCUCUACUCCUGACAACUACGUUAUCCCGAGAUUCUCACUUUCGAGUGAAACAAGUAACAAUGGCAGUGGUAGAUCAAAGCGAAUGGAUAUUAACGUUUGAAACCAUGCGAUCUCUUUAUCGUUACAAGAAAACUUAAUGAAGAUGUGUUGCUUUUGGUAUUUGAUGGUAUCUAUUAUUCUUUUUUUGAAUGUUCCAAUGGUUUUUCUUUUUAUUUCGAGAUGGAUGCAAGUGGUAAAGUGAAUAUGCGUGUAACCAAACCCUCUUUUGAUUGUUCUCGUAGCAAAUUAUGUCUGAAACAGAAUGAGAAAAAUUGUGAAUGAUUUAUAAUAAUACUUGUUGAUAAA